AUGUCGGUCUGCUACCGUCCUCCGGGAAACGAGACGCUGCUGAGCUGGAAGACCUCGCGGGCCACGGGUACGGCCUUCCUGCUGCUGGCGGCGCUGCUGGGGCUGCCGGGCAAUGCCUUUGUGGUGUGGAGCCUGGCCGGCUGGCGGUCCGCGCGAGGGCGCCCCCUGGCGGCCACGCUCGUGCUGCACCUGGCGCUGGCCGACGGCGCGGUGCUGCUGCUCACGCCGCUCUUCGUGGCCUUCCUGACGCGGCAAGCCUGGCCCCUGGGCCAGGCGGGCUGCAAGGCCGUGUACUACGUGUGCGCGCUCAGCAUGUACGCCAGCGUGCUGCUCACCGGGCUGCUCAGCCUGCAGCGCUGCCUCGCCGUCACGCGCCCCUUCCUGGCGCCCCGGCUACGCAGCCCGGCCCUGGCCCGCCGCCUGCUGCUGGCCGUCUGGCUGGCCGCCCUGGUGCUCGCCGCCCCGGCGGCCGUCUACCGUCACCUCGGGGCGGACCGUGUGUGCCAGCUGUGCCACCCGUCGGCCGCCCACGCCGCCGCCCACCUGAGCCUGGAGACCCUGACCGCCUUCGUGCUGCCCUUCGGGCUGGUGCUCGGUUGCUACGGCGUGACGCUGGCGCGGCUGCGGGGCGUCCGCUGGGGCGCCGGGCGGCGAGUGACGCGGGUGGGCCGGCUGGUGGGCGCCAUCGUGCUGGCCUUCGGCCUGCUCUGGGCCCCCUACCAUGCCGUCAACGUGCUGCAGGCGCUCGCCGCGCUGGCUCCGCCCGAAGGGGCCUUCGCCAAGCUUGGCGGGGCGGGCCAGGCGGCGCGAGCCGGAACCACGGCUCUGGCCUUCUUCAGCUCCAGCGUCAACCCGGUGCUCUACCUCUUCACCGCCGGGGAUCUCCUGCCCCGGGCGGGUCCCCGCUUCCUCCUGCGGCUCUUUGAGGGCUCCGGAGAAGCCCGAGGGGGCGGCCGCUCUAGGGACGGGACCUUGGAGCUCCGAGCUACCCCUCGGCUCAAAGUGGCGGGGCGGGGCGGCGGCAAUGGAGACCCUGGGGGCGGAGCACAGAAGGAUAGUCAGGGUUGGGACCCUUGA